GCCCUUAUAAUACUUGUACUUGAAAGAAAAAUUACAUGCCAUAUUUCUUUUUGCAUCUCAAUGUAAAAAAGAGUUUAAAGUGAAACGUUAUUUCGAUAUUGCUGGAUCUCUUUCUGUACAUGAUAUAUAUAAUCUGGAUUCGAAAUGGAGGCAGGGACACUGUUGGUUCGAAGUUCGAUGACCAUCUUCACCGAACACUUGGAUUUCUAAUAACCUGGCACGCGUGACUCCAAACCUAGCUACCCACACACAAAAUGGCGAACACCUACGGACCAACCAAAAUCAAGGAGGAGGACAUAGAUCAGUACGAAAUGGAGCUCGGCGACGGACCUCCAUCGCGGGUUUCCGGUUCACGGCGCACUCGUUCCCAGGUCGCUCCCGACUGGACCGUACAGGAAUCGAUGAUUCUAGUGAACGAGAUCUCAGCCGUUGAAGGCGAGUGUCUCAAGACCCUCUCUUCGUUCCAGAAAUGGAGCAUAAUAGUGGAGAACUGCAACGCUUUGGAUGUUGCUAGGAGUUUGAAUCAGUGUCGCAGAAAAUGGGAUUCGUUGCUCUCUGAGUAUAAUGGUAUCAAGCAAUGGGAAUCUGAGUCGAAACCCAGGUCGUAUUGGUCUCUCGACGGUGAGAGCAGAAGAGAGUUUGGGCUUCCUGAGAAUUUCGAUGCCGAGGUGUUCGAUUUGAUUGAUGUUUAUUUGAAGGCACAGGGGGAUCGAUGCGAAACUGACCCGGAUAGCGAUCCGGAAGCGAAGGUCGAUGUGAUGGAAGUCAUAGCUGAAUCUGUAGGUUUCAAGAAGCAAAGGCGCCGGUCAUUGCAUAAAAGACGCAGCAUAGAUAAAAGGGUGAAGCCUCAGAAACAUAGCACAGAGGAAAAAUUGACGCUGGUGCAAAGUAGCCUGAAUGAAAAGGUAAAGCCACCAAAACGCAGCGUAGAUGAGAAGAUAAAACUGGAGAACAGCAGUGUAGAAGAGGAGGAGCAAAUGAUGGCUGCAAAACUGCUUGAAGAUGUGGAACUGAUGAAUGACAUACUUGAAGGAAAUCUGAGUGAGGAUACGGACUUUGUGUUAGCUGAUCUGAAAAAUAUGGAGACCUCUCAGACUGAUUUCACGAGAUGUCAAGGCGACAGGCUCAUUGCAUGCCUUGGAAAUCUCUCUGACACCCUUGACAGGUUAUGUGAUCUAGUCCAGGAAUGUGGUUAAUUUUCAGUUUGGAAAUUAAUGUCAAAUUUUCGUUUUUUAGUUGUAAAUGUAAUGUAUUGGGUAACUUGAACCUGUGUGUGGAUUUUCCUGACAAAAUCAGAGUAAAUGAGUUCGAUUCAGAGCUUGAGAAUCA